CCUUCCGCAGCGCGACCUAGUGCGCGUAGUACUCUCGCGGUUUUUGAUGAUUCCCUCCAGCGCCAUGUUGGACAUAGAUCUCCAUUUUUAAACAGUUGUCGCUUUUCUUCAGACGACGCCAACGAUUGAGGUCCAUCGCGGGCAAAAGAGGCAAGUCCCUCAAAGGCGUUUGAAAUCGGACACCGCUGGUGUUUGAGGCCCUUACUCACUCUUGCGCGCGGAGGGAUACGUUGUUGCGUCUGACAAUGUGGACGGAGGAGGUGAAGAUGUCUACGAGAAGAAUGAAAUCAUCUCACUUGUAACAACAAAAAACAGGAGAGGAAGACGCUGCGAGAUUAGCGAGUAGGAUAGAUUUGUUUGCACGCAGACUCGAUACACUGGAGCAAACAGUGGUGGACGCGGGUAGUUGAAGAAAGCGAGCUUCCCGGGACAAAGAGAGUGGGGGGGAAAGACGUCCACGGCGCUCCAAUGCGUCUACUCAUGAGCUGAAAUUCUUCUCAACUUUUAUGUUUUUUUUUACCCCCCUUCGCAGCGUUUUCUUCACCGCUGUCGGAUAACCACACACUCACAGAGGAGAGGGUUUGUUAGAGACUGAAGGUUAUGAACGAGCAGCAGCAAAGAAUGGCUGCAGUGGGAACUGACAAGGAACUCAGCGACCUCCUGGAUUUCAGCGCGAUGUUCGCGCCUCCAGUAGCCAACGGCAAGAACAGAACAAUGACCCUCGCUAGCAGUCAGUUCAGCGGCUCCGCACUCGAUGAGCGCAGCAGCUCUGGUUCCUGGGGUUCAGGGGAACAGAACAGUCCUUCCUUCAGCCAAGGACGGGGCUAUGGAGAAGGAGCCCACUACAGUGAACAUGAGGGCUUGUCCUCUCCUUUCAUAAAUUCAGGGAUCGCAGGUAAAAAUGAGAGGCCAUCGUACCCUCCCUUUGCAAACCAGCCUGGUUUUCUUCCUAGUGACAUUGCAAUGCCCAGCCCGGACGCCAUGUCCCCCUCUGGCCUGAAGUCAGGCUCCCAGUUUUACCCAUCAUACCCAAACAAUCCCCGGAGGAGGCCGCCUGAUGGAAGCCUGGACUCCCAGCCAAAGAAGAUCCGGAAACCCCCUGGCCUGCCUUCCUCGGUAUAUGCAUCUACAUCCGGUGAUGAAUAUGCCAGGGAUAAUGGUGGCUAUCCUGGCGGUAAGCCUGGCGCUGUAUACCCAGGCUCUUUCUACAUGCAAGAAGACCCCUGGUCAUCUUCUGGCUACUCAGCCAUUUUGGGUAACUCCCCUCACAUUGGACCACCAGGCUCCUUCUCAUCACUGAACCCGCAAGACAGGAUGAACUAUCCACUGCAUGGCAGUGAAGUCAACGGCUUCCACGCCGCCCCCACCACCUAUAACCACACGCCUGCCAUCAACGGAGAGGCCAUCAUGACAGGCAACAGAGCCACCACAGCCAGCAGUUCUGGAGACGAAAUCGGCAAGGCUCUUGCUUCGAUUUAUCCUUCGGACCACAAUAGUAAUAACUUUUCCUCAGCUCCAUCAACACCAGGGUCUCCUCAGGGUAUUGCAGGAGCUCAAUCCCAGUGGCAAAGACCAACCACUCCUAGUUUUGAAGGACAACCACAUGCGCUGCAGAGUAAAAUGGAAGAUCGUUUGGAGGAAGCAAUCCAUGUGCUGCGGAACCACGCUGUGGGCCAAGGCCCCGGCUUAGAUGGUGCCCACUCUGACAUGCACAGCCUGCUGUCCUCUGUUCACAACGGGGGCCUCGGAGGCCUCUCUCCUGCUUUCCCCAAUGCAAGCCUUGCUCUCAGCAACAGACAUCCUGCUAUGGGCGGGAAACAUGAGGAGCCCACCGGCCUCCCACCCAGCAGCACACUUCUGCACGGUCAUCACGCGUCUGGGUCCACGCCAUCAGUCGGCCAGCCAGAAGGCUUCACCAGUUUAUCAGGCGGCAUGACACGCUCCUCACACUCCUCUAGCAGCUCGGACAUCAAAAGAGAAGACAAAGAGGAUGAUGAAAACUCAUCCAUUGCAGACAAAUCUGAGGAGGAAAAGAAAGAUUCCAAAACAGCACGCAGUCGAACAAGAAAGGAGGCGUUGACCCUCCAGAUGCUCUCUGGCCUUUCAGACCAGAAAGAUGACUUCAUCACGGCUUCUCCUUCCAGCCAGGACAACGAAGAUGAUGAGGACCUCCCACCUGAAGUGAAGAUGGAGCGUGAGAGGGAACGGCGAGUGGCCAACAACGCCCGCGAGCGCCUGCGAGUACGGGACAUCAACGAGGCGUUCAAGGAGCUCGGGAGGAUGUGCCAGCUACAUCUCAGCCAUGACAAACCUCAGACCAAACUUCUCAUCCUGCACCAAGCAGUCAACGUCAUCCUCAAUCUAGAACAACAAGUCAGAGAGCGCAACCUGAACCCCAAGGCGGCGUGUUUAAAGCGACGUGAGGAGGAGAAAGUGUCUGGGGUGGUGGGCGACGCACCAAUGCAGCUCUCAGGAGGUCAUCCUAGUAUUGGAGGAGAUGGCCACAAUCCGGUUGGCCACAUGUAACACCAGAUGUGGUGGUGUUUCCUUGGCUCCCAGUGGAUGUGGCCUUAACAGAUUUCACCAUCCGUUAGCUGUGCGUGUGUGUGUGUGGACAUGUUUGUGUAUUGUCCGUUCAACUUUCAAGAUGCACACACGCUUACACAUACACACAAACACACAUGCAUACUGCCAAAACGGACACAGCCUGUCACACUCCCAACCAUGACGACAAGCUCAAAUGUGAAGAACUGUUUUUUUUGUUUUGUUUUGUUUUGUUUUUUUUGGCUUUAUUUUAUACAUGUACAAAAAACCUUUUGUGACAUGUUGGUUUCCACAAUAUUGAUUGAAGACCAGAGAGCUUUUUUUGUUUGUUUUUGCCCUGCCACAAAUUGGGACUUUUGACACACUGCCAAAAGGUUCUCUGGUGAACGGAAAGGAAGAAGAAAACACAAAUUGAAUCAAGGAUUUGUGCCUCAAUGUUACAUGUUUUCUGUUUGACAUUUAAGCAAAUUGCUUGACAUGUGAGGAACAUUUAUGGUGAGGGAUUGCUUAUAUGUAUGAGCAAUUAUUUUUUUAAUGUAUGUCAUUCCCAGUGUGAUGGUACAGUCUUACAUAUGUUAUGUAACCAAGCCCAUAGUUGAAUUGCCUAAAUUCUUUUCUUUUCUUUUUUUUUUAUUAUUAGCAUUUGUUCUGGGGAGGUCACAAAAGGAAAGGUGGACAUUUUUUCUUGAAAGAUGAGAGCUGGAGAUGCUAGAGGGCCUAAGAAUUAAGGACUCAUAAUUCCUGGACGCUUAUACCUGAUCUUCCCCUUUUUUAGGGGGGGGUAAAAAAAAAAAUUCAAGUGUUACGUCUUUGCUACAAAGUGUAUGCUGACAAGACAAAGCACAGCUGUGUAAGGUUGCAAGUUAAGUGUCGAUGCCCAAAAAAUGAAGCCAUUUGCUCACAAAGAGGACCGGCGCUUCUCUGCCAGCAGACUUGAGGGCUCUGGUUUAUUUACUCCCCUCCAAUUGAUAGAAAAAGUAAUUUUCCUUUGCGUUCUUUUCUGAAAACAAAUGAGCAUUCCCACUGAAUUAGUGCCCCUCACCUUCCUUCUCCUCCUCCUCCUCCUAGCAGGAGAAGUGUUGACGUGUAAAUUCACUCCAUACAUUACUCUUUGUUUCAUUUUUCAAAAUUUAAAUAUAUAUAAAAAAAUAUCUAUUUUUUGUUAGCCUAUACAUUGUAGAUUUUUUUUACAUAAAUGGCAAUAUUAGUUUGAAGUUUAGAGUGUAUUGUAGAUUAACUUUACAAGGGGAUGUUUGACAUUUACAUGCGGGGUUGGGCGGGGGGGA